GCCUUUCUUGUGGUCUGUGGAUUAUUCUUGUUUGGACUCUUUUUACCUGGAUUCCCGGCUGCCUUUUGUUUGCUUCUGUUCCUUUUUUAAUGACUUGAGGCAGGUUGUCCUCAGGAGUCACGUGGUCGUCUGAGCUGCUCUGAGCAUCCUUCGCAGAUCCAGCAGGCUGCGUGGCGUGUCUUCACUGGGUUGUGGACCAGUCCUGCUGCCGCCGCCGUGUGUAGUCGCAGCAUCUCUUGCUUCUAGUUCUUCCACCGCUGGAUUGUCCCCCGAAAUCACAGGUUAUGCCACCCCAACGGCUUCCUGGGUCCCCAACCGUGAAAGAGAAAGGCUGAUCCCAGUCCUCCCCCAGGUUCCUGCUGCUCUGCACCCCAUCUUACCCUCAUUCCCAUUCCAGUUUUUUCUCCUCUCCCAGCUGCACAAACCCCACACCUGACCUUGCCAUCCCUGUCGUCCGUUACCUCUGGGUUCAUCUGGUCACGUCUUUCCCCCGCAAAUCCUUCUCCACAGCAACUCCAUCCAUACCCAGCCGCUGUGUUUAGUUUUGUUCCAGCCACACGAGCCAUCCUUUGUGCUGGCCCUUGUCCUCAUCAUAGAGCUCUUCCUCACCCGCUGGCUGCUCGUCCAGCCCCCAUGGCUACAGGAGGUCAUGCCCCAGAGAUAGAUGUGUUGAUCAACCUACAACAGGUGAAGGUGGAGGAGGAAGAUGUGGAAGGCUCAGCAGAGGAACAGGAGGAAGAAGAGGAGGAGGGGAACUGGGAGAAAGCGCUGUCUGUGGAGCGCUUUGGAGACAUCAUCGGCGACUCUGCUUCCACCAGUGGAGACAGAAUGGGCCGGAACUACACUGAGAAAGACUUUGAAUACCACAGGCACACGUUUCAUCAUACGCACCACCCGUUAUCCACCCACCUGCCCCUGCCCCAGCGUCUACGCAAGAGGGUGCACAGCACGGACAGGAGGCGCAAGAAGAAACGGAAGAAAAAAAAGACCUCCCUGCCCCCCUCUGACGUCACACCAACCAUCCACGAGGUAGACGAGGAAGAGGCCGAGUCUGAGACAGAUGGACAGGGGACGGCCGCCACACCCACAGAGCUACCUGACAUCCAACCACAGUUUAGUUUGGGGAGCCAGGAGGACUUGGAGGAAGCUCCCCAGCUCGCUACCUUCCACACGGAAAACGAAGAACAUCCAUUGUCGAGGAGAGAUGCACCCACGCUGAUAAAGGGGGAGACUCAUGAUGGGGGACUUACCACUCACGGACAGCAGGAGGAGGUGGAUGAGGAGGGGGUGGAUGGAGAGGAACCUGCUUGCAGAAGUGUUCCCUCAGGUUCAGAUCCCUCAAGUUCAACCACGACCCGCGGCUGGUUCCGCAGGAAGCCCGUCCACCAUCGUCUGGCGGGCGCCCAACGGAGCAACUAUGACCUGAAGGAACGGAUCUGCAUCGGCAGCAUGACGGCUCUGGAGACGGCCGUCUACCAGCAGGUGCCCACUGACGAGGCUGAGGCUCAGAUGUUGGCCAGUGCUGACCUAGAUGACAUGAAAAGUCACCGAUUUGAAGACAACCCCGGGGUGAGGCGCCACCUAGUGAAGAAGUCGUCACGAUGUCAGAUGACCCGGGCCAGCAACAGUUCCACACCACUGAGCAGCCUGAAGAAGAAGAAGAGAGCAGCAGAUAAGAAAACUCAUGAGCUGUUUGUGGAGCUGAACGAGCUGAUUGUGGAGAGGGACCAUGAAAUGCGCUGGAAGGAGCGAGCUCGCUGGAUCAAGUUUGAAGAGGAUGUGGACGAGGAAACGGAUCGCUGGGGCAAACCUCAUGUGGCUUCGCUCUCCUUCCGCAGCUUGCUGGAGCUUCGCCGCACCAUCACACACGGUGCCAUCCUCCUGGACCUCGAACAGAACUCGCUACCUGGCAUCGCCCAUCUGGUGGUGGAGACAAUGAUCAUCUCUGAUCAGAUCAGAGCUGAAGACAGACCCAGUGUUCUCCGGGCCCUGCUUCUCAAACAUAGCCAUCCGAGCGAUCUGAAACAUCGCUUUCACCGCCACCAAUCAUCCGGCAGUCUUCAUGGCCCAUUCAAUCACAACCACGUCCAGGACACCAGCCUGCCCCUGGUGGUUGAAGAGCGCGACGAGAACCACGACAACAAAGGGCCGGUCUAUGAUCCAAAACAAGACGUGUUUGUCAGCCUGUUUAAAUCUCUCCACCCGCUGCCUCCUGAGAGCCAUCCAGCUGCAGCCAGAUCGAUGAAACUCCUCGCCAAGAUUCCCAAGGAUGCUGAAGCUGUCAUUGUUUUAGUCGGUUGUGUUGAAUUCCUGGAGCAGCCAGCCAUGGCCUUUGUCAGGUUGAGUGAGGCCGUCCUUCUGGAGUCGGUGCUCGAGGUCCCUGUCCCUGUUCGCUUUCUUUUUGUCCUGCUUGGUCCCAGUCAGUCCAACGUGGACUAUCAUGAGAUUGGACGCUCCUUCUCCACUCUCAUGUCUGACAAGAGUUUCCAUGAGGUGGCUUACUUUGCUGACGACCGACAGGACCUCCUGAAUGGUAUCAAUGAAUUCUUAGACUGCAGCAUCGUCAUUCCACCCUCAGAUGUGGAGGGUAAAGACCUCCUGAAGACAGUGGCAGACUUCCAGAAGCAGAUGCUGCGCAAGAGGAAGGAAAGAGAGCUCAAGAGGCACCACUCCAUAGCUGGCAUGGAGCAGAACAACAAAGAUGCAAGUCCAGAGGAGGAGGAGGAGGGGGACCAGGAGGUGGACCCACUGAAGCGCUCAGGGAUCCCUUUCGGAGGCCUGAUCCACGACAUUCGCCGCCGCUACCCACACUAUGUCAGUGACUUAAAAGACGCCCUGGACACGCAGUGCAUCGCCGCCGUCAUCUUCAUCUAUUUUGCUGCACUGUCGCCCACUAUUACCUUUGGAGGCCUGCUGGGUGAAAAAACUGAGGGCAUGAUGGGAGUGACUGAGCUUAUUGUGUCAACUGCAACUCUUGGAGUCAUAUUCUCUCUGCUGGCUGGUCAGCCCCUCCUCAUCAUAGGCUUCUCGGGACCCUUACUGGUGUUUGAAGAAGCCUACUACAAGUUCUGCCAGGCCCACGACUAUGAGUACCUGACUGGUCGAGUAUGGAUUGGUUUCUGGCUCAUCUUCAUCGUGCUGGUGAUUGUGGCAGCAGAGGGGAGCUUCCUUGUUCGUUACAUCUCACCCUUUACCCAGGAGAUUUUUGCUUUCCUCAUCUCCCUUAUCUUCAUCUAUGAGACUUUUUCUAAGCUCAUCAAGGUGUUUCGGGAGCAUCCACUCAUGGCGAUGUACCCCAGUGACUCCACCCCAGCUACUCAGCUUCAAGAGGAUGACCAAGUCUUAAACCAGCCCAACACUGCUCUUCUGUCCCUCGUUCUCAUGAUGGGCACAUUCUUUCUUGCUUUCUUCCUCAGGAAAUUAAGAAACAGUCGUUUUUUAGGUGGCAAGGCCAGAAGAAUCAUUGGUGACUUUGGCAUCCCAAUCUCAAUUUUAGUUUCAGUAUGGGUGGAUUACAGUAUUACUGACACUUACACUCAGAAACUCAAUGUGCCGUCGGGCUUCUCAGUCACUUCCCCUGACAAGAGAGGUUGGUUCAUCAACCCCUUUGGUGACAAGCAGCCCUUUCCCACAUGGAUGAUGGGAGCAUCCAUUGUUCCUGCCCUUCUUGUCUUCAUCCUCAUUUUCAUGGAAACUCAGAUCACUUCAUUGAUAGUCAGUAAGAAGGAGCGUCGCUUGGUUAAAGGCUCAGGCUUCCACCUGGAUCUCCUGCUCAUCGUCAUUCUGGGCGCCAUCUGCCCCCUCUUCGGACUGCCGUGGCUCACCGCAGCCACUGUGCGCUCCGUCACUCAUGUCAACGCCCUCACCGUCAUGAGCAAAGCCACGGCGCCCGGUGAAAAGCCCAUGAUCCAGGAGGUGAAAGAACAGAGGCUGACUGGGCUUCUUGUGGCUGUUCUUGUUGGUAUGUCCAUAGUGAUGACAGACGUGCUCCGCCUCAUCCCUCUGGCUGUGCUCUUUGGCAUCUUCCUGUACAUGGGGGUCACUUCUCUGACAGGCAUCCAACUGUAUGAACGAAUCACUCUCAUGGUGACGCCCGCCAAGCAUCACCCCGACCACAUCUACGUCACCAAGGUGAAGACAUGGCGCAUGAACAUGUUCACUUUGACGCAGCUGGCGUGCAUUGUGGCUCUGUGGGUGGUGAAGUCCACCGUGGCCUCUCUGGCGUUCCCCUUCGUCCUCAUCAUGACGGUGCCGCUGCGCCGCCUCAUCCUCUCCAGGAUUUUCGAGGAACGUGAGCUCCAGGCGCUGGAUUCCGACGAGGAUUCUCCCAACUUUGAUGAAGAUGGACGAGAUGAGUACAACGAGAUCCACAUGCUUGUAUAAACCCAAAUUUUACUCAGCCAAUAUGACUUCAUUCACGCUCCAGCUCUGUCCAAUCAGAGCAAGCCUCAGUGUCUCUGGGUAGCAGUGACAAAGGGAGUGGCGCUACCUUAAUGGUGUUUGUAAAAUAUUCCAAAACUCUAGCCGCAUAAUCACUUCUUACCUUUGUCAAUUCCAGUUUUUUAAAAGAGCACACAUAAUGUUAGAUCUCUGUGGUGGUUGUGCUGUGUUAAACUCCCAGAAGAUGUUAUUGUGCCAGAGGCCUGAAAAUAGCUCUAAGCACCCUACCCGAAGGAGGAUGCAAAUCUAGCAAAAAAAAGCCUUUUUGUCCUAUGUAUCCCUUUAAUUACUCUGCAGGUUCUGGGCAUAAGUGCAAUGAUGAUGGUGACCUCUGGGAAUGCAGCGGGCUGAUGACUUAAUUUUGUCUUGAAAGCGGGAAAGAGGGUCAAUUUGCUGUCGUCUCAUUUCAUCUUCAUCAAGAGUCAUAUUUGUUGAGGUGAAUUGACCCUCAGUCUCAAAGCCCUGAAUUCCACUGCCUGUCUAGUUUAGCUGCCCUUUUCCUUUAUACUACUGCCUUUGCCUAUAGGUUGCUACGAUGCAAACAAGGAGUUGAGAAGGACUUUACCUUUCUGUACAGACUUUUAGUAAUGAGCACUUUGACUGGGCAAAAGCUUUUGUCGCUGCCAACCAAGCUCACUGGCACAAUCUCCUUGUUAAUGUGGUCUCCCCUUGAAGCCAAAAUCUCUACAGAGACUGAGCAAGCCUCUUGAAGAGGUGUUACUGUACUUUGUUAGGUGUUUAAUGCCCAACAUACCAGUCCACUGACCCCAUUAUUAUGACCUUGGAUGUACCAAUAAAUAGCUCACGUGAUCUCAA